AUGGAUCCGUCCCAACCUCAAUCUAAAUCAACAUAUUAUACUCUACCAAGCUUUCACCUCGCCCAUACUGUUCCAGUGACCGCGCUCUCUUUCGACCCCGUCUCUGAUGUACUCUGGACAGGUUCAGCCGCAGGGCUCGUCUCGGGCUACUUUGGAAAUGUAACCACCACAGGCUAUGCUGGCCGCAAGAGCAUCUGUCAACAUUUACACCACCCGACAAUACCAAACACAUUCGUCGUUGCCGCGCAAUCUCCUGGCAGUGGGUUCCAUAUCGUGAACGCGAUCUCUGGUGCAUCUCUCCGACGUGUCUCUUCACCGUUCAAUGUCUCCCAUUUAGCCCAUGUUGGAACGUUGCUUGUGUCCGGUACGGUCGACGGUAUGCUUAGGACGCAUGAUUUUAGGACGAGAGGGAGGGAGGAUACAGCUGCCGAGAGCUCAUGCAUUGCUCAUACGGGUGGAAUACAAGCUCUAGAGGCUGCUGGGAACUAUAUAUUUACUGCAGGCUGGGGUAUAAGGCAAUCCCACCCUCAUGCAGAACACUUUGUCAAAGUUUUCGACAUGCGCACGCUUCGUCCGCUCUCGCCCAUCCCGUUCGCGGACCUUCCUUCGUUCAUCAGAGUACAUCCAAAGAAACCCACAACGCUUGUGCUUGCUUCAAGUCAAGGAUUUGUCAACGUGAUUGAUGUUGUGCAAACCGGUGGAGCGCCAGACUUUGUCCAAGCACCGACUUCAUCGUACCUAUCGUCUGUAGCUAUAUCUCCAGAGGGUGAUUAUGUGGCUCUCGGAGACGCAGAUGGUUUCGUCCAUUUAUUGUCUUCCGUACCGGAAAACGUAUCGGAACCUGUUCCGUUCAAUGGAUUCGAGGGCGAGCCUGCUAUGUGGGCUCAUAAGCAAGACUUACCUGAUGUUCAAUGGACGGAUGAGACGCCUCUGAGUACCAUCGGACUAACAUAUUAUAAGACACCCCUCCUGUCCUCUCAGCUCUCGCUAGCUGUCCCGCAUGGCAUACAAGCAUAUCCUCCUCCUGCGAAAAUUCCACAAAAGGUGCUGGACACAAUGCGUACGGUGGAUUUUGUGGGUUACGCACAAUUGCCAAAAGAUUUAGUGGGAAGGAGGAAUGUAGCACCCACUACUCAAGUUGAAAGUGGACGAUUUAGGAGCACAAGAACCACGAGAAAGGCCUCUGACGUUGAUGCGGUUACAGAACAUUUCGGAGACACAUCGAUUUCGGAGAUACCCAAACCUUAUAGACGAGUGGAGAUUAUGUAUUCCAAAUUUGGUGUUGAGGACUUUGAUUUUGGCUACUAUAAUAAGACCAAGUAUAGUGGCCUCGAAACUCACAUUGUUAACUCGUACACAAAUGCACUCCUCCAAGCACUUCAUUACGUCCACUCUGUUCGGCGGGUGGCCCAGUCCCAUAUCACCACCCCAUGCCAAACAGAGCAUUGUCUCCUUUGCCAGCAACUUUUGCAAAACGAUUCCCAAAUUCAGCAAGCUGGGGCACUGGGAGUCGUAGACUACCAAGCCGAGGGGCUGAAACGAGACUAUGGUGCCAUCAUCCAAGUAUUCAAUCGAUUCUUGCUAGAAGAGAUGAGCACUCGGAGCGAUGUUCCUGAUGGAAACCCAUGGCUCAUAAAGGUUGAUGAAGACCAAGUCAUGACCAAUGGAGCGAGCAAAUCUACUGUCACGCAGUUGAUGGGGAUCGAUGCACAAUCGAUUGUUGUAUGUGGUGCUUGCGGCGCUACGACCGAAAAGGAUACUCUUAGCCACGUCGUCGAUUUGACAUUUCUGCGAAAACCUCAGUUGAAUAUCACGUUUUCUUCCCUACUCAGUGCGUCUAUUCUUCGCGAAACGACGCAUCGUUCCCGUUUGGAGGGCCAAAGGACAAAACUUUUUAACACCCGAGGUAUCCAUCACGUGUGGCCGAGAUGGGAAGGAGACGCCGACUAUGAACUGAGAUCAAUGGUUGUCGAGGUCAAGAACGAAACUCAUGCGCCACAUCUGGUCGCUCUUGCGAAAGUACACGAAGAUGGAUGGUACUUGUUCAAUGAUUUUGUGGUUCAGAGUGUGACGGAAGCAGAGGCACUCUCGUUUGUUGGAACUUGGAAGACGCCAUGUGUGCUAUAUUUUGAACGAAAGGAUAACGACUCUAAGCUCGAUCUUGGUACACUACCCAUGAAGAUGGACCCGGCUAUUUUGUGCAACAUAGACAAUAUUUCAUGGCGAAUGAAUAAAUCCAAACUAGUUCACGAACCCCUGACCGCGGAUGAGCUACCCACACCUGGUACUCUAGUUGCAAUUGACGCAGAGUUUGUUUCCUUGCAGAAGGAAGAAAAUGAAAUGCGUUCAGAUGGAACCAAGAAAGUCAUUAGGCCAUCUCAACUCUGUUUGGCCCGAGUAUCUGUCUUGAGAGAAGAUGGGCGAGCAUUCAUUGACGAUUAUAUCCACACAAGUGACACAAUCGUGGAUUAUUUGACCGAGUUUUCGGGUAUCAAACCGGGCGAUUUGGAUCCCUAUUCUUCUGAGCACGCACUUGUACCUUUGAAGACCGCUUAUAAGAAACUCAGGCUCUUAAUCGACCUUGGUUGUAUAUUCAUUGGCCACGGCUUAAGCAAGGAUUUCCGAAUCAUCAAUAUUGCUGUACCCAAGGAACAAGUCAUUGACACAGUUGAUAUCUACUUUUUGAAAGAACGACAACGUCGAAUAGGAUUACGAUUCCUCUCAUGGUACCUCUUACGGCAAACAAUCCAAAUCGAUACACACAACUCAAUCGAGGACGCCCGGGCUGCGUUGCUUCUGUAUAACCUUUAUGUGCAACUAGAAACGGAGGGCCAAUUCGAGGAUACUCUGGAUGAAAUAUAUCGCGAAGGGCGAGCAUUGAAUUGGAAAACACCUGGGGAUCCCACAUCACCCAAGCCGGCCAAGGCGCAAGUGGCUUCGAUGACCCCCUCUAUCAGCGGGACUUUUACGCCGCCAUAUGGAUCGCCCAGUACUGGUGCACUUGAACCUGUAUCCUCCAUGGUGAUUGUCGUACCUCCUAGCGGCCGAGCCCAGCGAACAUAUGCGACAGAAUAUAAAUCGAUUGUUGCGCGCUAUGUACGCUCCCCGGCCAAGUCGGCGUCGUCAAUUGUGAUUAUCCCGUCGCCUGAUGUCGAUGCUCUUUGUGCCACUCGUAUUCUUGCCACCAUGUUUCGGAACGAGGGAGUUCUCUAUCGGGUGAAUCCGAUAUCAGGCUAUCCGGAUCUGACUGCAUAUCGUGAAGAGUUGUUAAAGUCACCUGAGCUGCAAACAAUUAUUCUGGUAAAUAUCGGGGCUAUUCUCGACCUACUCUCCGAGGAAUGGUUUGCAGACUUUCCCCAUGACGUGACUAUCCAUGUUAUUGAUUCAACACGACCUCAAAAUUUAUCGAAUCUCUUUGCACCUGGGCGCGAAGGGGAGAGGGUGAGAGUAUGGGACGGUGGAGAAGCAUUGAAAUUAGAAAAACAGAAAGAGGCAUAUGAAGCAUUCUUAUACGCUGUCGACUCAAGCUCUGACGAGUCCGAUGGCGAUGAUGAUGACGAGGAGCUGGAAGAUAUGGAAGAAAAGGCCGCUGAGGAUGGGGACGAUUCGGACAAUGAUCGGCCAAGGCAAAGGAGGAAACUUAAUACCGGCAAGCCUUCGUCGCAACAACGCAGAGAGCAGCGUCGAAUCCGAGAAAAGCACCGAGAUACAAUAGAAAAACAUUACUGCUCUGGGACGUCCUAUGGUCCGAGUGCUGCAGGAACUGUCUAUGUGCUCGCUUCUUACCUACAGUUAGCUGUAAACGAGACCCUCUGGCUGGCUAUUGUUGCUCUGACCUACCAGUACAUCUCUGCUCGAAUAUCGCGGGACGACUACGACUAUUGGCAAGUCGUGUACGCAGACGAGGUUGCGCGGCUCAACCCGCGUGUGGAUCUAAGCGCAUCAGCUGCUCUACAUGCAGAUGACACAGGGAUCCGUAGCUGUCAGGAGCUUCGGUUCACACUCUAUCGGCACUGGACACUUUACGACUCGAUGUAUCAUUCGCCAUACGUAGCUGGCAAGAUGAAUAUAUGGAAAGAGAGAGGCAGAAGAAACCUGGCCGCUAUGUUUGCUAAGAUGGGUAUAUCUCUGCAAGAAGGCCAACAGCUUACUCCCACAUGGACCGUAACUUCCGAAAAGACCUACCGGACUUUACCCUUCGUUCGUUCGAGCCUAUGGCUUUCUGACUCAACCCUUUGCGGCUGCGGAUUGCGUCGAGGCCGUUCAGCGUUACUCGACGCUGGCACCGGAGUUCGAUUAGAAGUUGAAGUUGAUGGCGGGAGGGGAGGUGGCGAAUGGUUUGGAGGUGCUAGAAUCUGGAACGCUGGUGAUGGGAUAGCCAAGAAUAAACCUGCGACAAUGACUGGAGGAGGCGGAAAAGAUAGCAUCGGGCUCGAGGGCCCCUCAGGUGGCAAAAACGAAGAUGAAGAUGAGAAAAAUAAGGCCUGGCGGCAUAAUUUCUGGCUGGCAUACGAUUCAUUGGGAUCUGACUCGGAAAGUAUUCGAGCAUUGCAACAUGCGGUUCCUCUUGCUAAAUCGCUGCACCAAAUUGUUCUGAGUCAAGGUUCCGAGUUAAUCGAGCGUGCGGGUGCCAUAAAAACAUAUCGCAAGUUUCGAAUGGCGGUUCUGACGCAAGGAGCACACCUCGCUCUCUUUUCCCAGGCAGGCCCCCUGUCUCGUUUGGCGCUUUGCAUGCUAGACGAAAGGGCUGGUAGCUAUUUAGUAGUCGGUGUAACUGGGGCAGUUGAAUUUGGCGAUGUGAGGAACAACGCGUUUGGUUUGGCCUUCCUUCAAGCCAAGGCAGAUUCCAAUGCACGAACACGGCACGGGACCUUUGACACGAGCGUGGUUGAAGUAAACGUAGACGACUUGCAAUUGUUUACCGAGGCGUUGGCGAUGCACGCUCAGUAA